CUCUCCAUGAUAUCAUCGUUUAGAUCCUGAUCGUAACUCUUCGAGCAGCCUUCCCCAACGUGAUCCGCUUCUGCUGCUGUGUGGCCGUCAUAUAUUUGGGCUACUGCUUCUGCGGCUGGAUUGUGCUGGGACCGUACCAUGUGAAGUUCCGCUCCCUAUCCAUGGUGUCGGAAUGCCUCUUCUCCCUCAUCAAUGGCGACGACAUGUUCGUGACCUUCUCAGGAAUGCAGGAGAGCAGCACUCUGGUGUGGCUCUUCAGCCAAGUGUACCUGUACACCUUCAUCUCGCUCUUCAUCUACAUGGUGCUGUCGCUCUUCAUCGCGCUCAUCACCGGAGCCUACGAGGCCAUCAAGCAUCAGACCCAGGAGCCCAUUCACAUCACAGACCUGCAUGCUUUCAUAGCUGAGUGCACCGAUGCGCCAAACUCCGGCAAGUUCAGGGGCCUGGAGACAUCGCCGUGCUCCUUUUUCUGCUGCUGUGACAGGAUGACAACAUAUGAGGACGUCCUGCUGGUGAACUGAGGAAGAAUUCGGUUCAACUUACAAGAAGUCCCCUCUGGAACAAGCCUUUUUUUUCCUGGCACUUGACUGAAGGAGGAGGCGUCAAUCAGUUGGACCAGGAUUUUCCAAUGAGGAAUGCACGUCAUGGAUUCAUCAGGAACAAGGUGCCUUGUGGGAAGGUGAAAGCACACAUAUUUAUUUAAUGGGCCUUGUGUCAGGCCAGCUCAGUGUUUUUUAGAUUUUUCAUCUUUUUAAAAUUUACAUUCACAAGAAAAUAUGUUUCAACCUGCUAGUUUAUUAGCAGAUUUCAAGCCGAUCACUACGCACGAAACUUUGAGGCUGAUCCAGUUUGACUGCGGCCUCGGAGGAAAUGGCCUCUACACGGUAUGCCUGUUAAGUGUUCUCACGUUUGAACCAGAACCAUCACUUGAGACUUUUUUUUCCCUACUUUUUGGAUUUCAAAUUUAUACUAAGGAAGAAGGAUUACCUCGCUGGACCAUAACUCGCUAUUUGAAACAUUUAAUCAUCGAAAUACUUAAGAUAGAGGCAUAAACAAGAGAGCAAUGGAGAGUAUAGCUUAUGAA